AUGCGUCAAAUGACAGGUGAUAUAUUAUCAGUUGGAUCAGAAUUAUUUGUUUAUCAAUCAAAUAUUGAAUUAAAACAAUUUUCAUCAAAUCGUUUAGAUUUAAUAUUAAAAUCCGUUAAUUUAAAUGAUUCAGGUCUUUAUACAUGUAUGUUUAAUGAUGAAAAAUUAAUUUCAUUUUUAAUUGAAAUACUUGUUGCGCCACAUUUUGUAUCAUAUUAUCCAUUGGAAGGAAGUAUUUCAUAUCCAGAAGGUUCUUCAUUGAAUUUAUCUUGUCAUGCUUUUGCUAUUCCAUCUGUUAAUAUAAGUUGGAUUUUUAAAAAUAAAAUCAAACAUUCAAAAAGUAUACAUCAUGGUGAAAAUCUAUAUUUAACAUCUAUUCAACCAUCAGAUAGUGGUUUAUAUGAAUGUGUUGCUUCAAAUAUGUAUCAUGCAUCGAUUAGUCGUGCUUUUUAUGUUACUGUUCAAUAUGUCCCUCAUGUAUUAAUAUUAAAUGAUAAAAUAAGAAAUAUACUUCAUGAUACAGUUGUAAUUAAAUGUCGAGUAUGUUCAAUACCACAAGUCAAUCAUAUCUAUUGGUUUAGAGAAAAUCAACAAAUUAUAGAUGUUAAUAUUGAUAUUAAAACACAAAUCAUUGAUGAUCAAUGUUCCGAAUCACUUAUGAAAAUUAUUAAUAUAAAUGAGUAUCAAUUUGGUCAAUAUGAAUGUCGUGCGGAUAAUAUUUUAGGAUAUAAAUCAGAUUAUACUUCAAUUCAACAAAUUUCAAGAAUUCGAAAAGUAAAACAAAAAAUUUAUACAGAUGAAAUAAAUCGAAAUGGACGUACAGCCUUAUCAUAUAAUAAAACACAAAAGAGAAAGAAAAAUCAAACAAUAACAACUAAUAUGGUUAAUGUCGUUAAAGGUGCAUUGCUCAAAUGCGAUCCAGCUAUAAUUCAAUAUUUAAUUUAUUUAGAUGAAACAUUAGCAUUUGGAGAAAAAUUUAUUUUAAAUCGAUUAGAUGAACAACAUUUAUUUGUUCAAUCAACAGCAGUAACAAUGAUUAAACAAAAAUUACAAGAACAAAUUGAUAAAAUUUCUUAUGAUUCAACACAAACAAAAUAA